GAGUUUUUGGACCCAGCCGAUGUAUUUGCUGCAGAUUCCUCGUCCUCUCAGGAGGAUGUCGUUCGGUGGGUUAGCUGCGUUAUCCUUAAGCAUGAUUACACGGCUGAAAAUCUCACUGUUGCGAUCGGCCUUCCAGCAACAGAAGGGGAGGCUAUUGAUGCGGUUCAGGCUGCUAGGGACCCUAACAUGCGGGAGUUGUUUCCUUCCCUGGUUCCGGUGCUUCCUCAGCCCUAUGAGGGUACGGCGGUAUUCUUGGCCGCCCCUCCGUGGUACACUGGUUACCAACGUGUGUGCCUGGACACCACGCGAUUUGAUCGACGUCUAUUCACUGCCUUUGCGCCUGCCUAUGCCUCCAGGGCAGAUCUGCUCUUCUUGGCAAACUUGCACAGUGUGAUUGAGCCGGAUGUAUGGGUAGGUGUUGAUCCUACUUUGCUUGUAGGGGACUUGCAGGUUCAUAUGUUCCCUGGCAUUUUGGUGUGGUUUAUGCCGUCUGGCAUAGCGCCGCCUUCCUCUACUACUCUGGGGCGGCUCCUGACUGAACCGGAUGGAUGGAGCACAGAGUCGGUGGUCCCAGCUGCCUCCUUUGAUGGAGCUUAUUGUCUUGUCUCUCAUGGGCAAGGGCGUCUAUACAUCACUGACUACGCUGCCCCCACCCACUAUCGACGGAACAUCGCCUUGACUACAGGCAUACCGCUACAGAAUCUCCGAUUGUUUGCUGCACAACCGCGUCCUUACGAUGUUGCGAUCCAAGGGGUCCCCUGUCGUACCGUUCUUGCGGCCGGUGAACACCGGGAGGAAGUGCAGCAACCGCCUUGGCAUCUUGUGAUCUUGGACUGCCGUCCGAUAGAAGACGGUUACCGUGCACUAAGGGCCUAUAAUCGGGUGAUUGAUGUCCAGAGUCUGCUGGACGACUUUCAACAAGACACCCCUUUUGGUUGGUGUGUCUGUUUGAGCGGAGGGCUCCCUCAGAUUGGGGAACUCGAGACCUUGCCGGGACAACUCUUAUCCCUGCGGUAUGUGCCUCGCACUGCGGCAGUUGGAGCCUCUUCACCUGAGGGUGCGCCCCUCACUGCUGGAUCUGGUGAAGCCCCUGCGCCUGUUCCUGGAUCUCACUCUCCCACUGGUCGUGAUCAAGGGGAGCCGUCGGACGAUGGAGAGGUCAGUGUGCGCGAUUUGCCGGAGGCUGAUGGUAAUGUUCGACCAGUCGAGGUUACUGCAUUGGUGCUAUCGCCUGAUUAUGCACAGGAAGAGGUGCGAUUUGUUGCUGAUUUUCCCCUGGCUCAGGAUGAGCUUCUCAGACAGGUUACUGCGGCACGGGAUCCUGAUGCCUGCCGCCGGUUUCCCGUCUUAAUUCCUGCUCCGGUUCAGCCGCCGUUUGCAUUUGUCUGCAUUUUGGCAGUCCCUGACUGGGCUUUUGCCGGAGUUCCUAUCGUUAUCUCAUGUGCCGAGCCUCCCUUUCGUAUCUUUGCGGCGGUGGUCCCGUCGGCUAUCAAUACGGACGGGGUUCUCCGUCUCGCGGGGGUGCAGGCCGAAGCAAGAGUGCAGGUAUUUGUCGGGGACGUCCCAUGGGCCGCUGCACCUGAUGUUACCAUCACAGUAAGGCCUGGGGACUUGGUCUCCAUCGUACCGGUUGGUGAUGUCGACGUCCCGCCGCUACACCUUGCUCAGAUGUUGCAUGAUGCCUCUGGCUGGCACGAUGACUCAGCUACCCCAGGUCCGUUCGGAGAGGCCAUUUGGCUGCUUACGGAUCGGACACAUCGCCUCUUUCGGCCUGACCGACAAGGUCGUCGACCUCUCCGGGCUGUUGUCGGGGAGCUGAUGCAGAUUCCACCCCCAGCUUUGAUGUUUAUGCCUGCGGACCCUCCUAUCCGCAACCAUGCCAGGAGUGGUAUCGUGGCAAGACAGGUCUUUCUUUCAGUGAGGCUACACAAUCGCAAUGACGUUCCGUUCAUCUUAGAUGCGAGACCAGUCCUUCUUUUUGUGGACUGGAAUGUAGCGGUCGACGGACGAGUUGAUGUGGCUGCUGUGUGUUCGAGACAUCUCAGCCGCUGUCCCCCAGGUUUCUGUGUGCGCCUCACCGGCGGGCAUGCUCCCAGAGGUUAUGAGAACCACUUCCGCCAGGUGCAUGCUGGACAGGUCCUUACCUUAGAAUAUGUCCCCCGGUGGACCGAGCGGACUCCGCGCUACGAUGGCCGGGGUCCAGGGCCUGACGACGAUCCCGACGCACCCGACUCCGACGAGGACAGAGCACUGCCAGAUGCGACAUAUGUAGGGCGGUCCGUGCUGAUUCCCCCUGCGAUCGAGAUUCCGCCUGCUGCCGCUGUGGCCUUCUUUCUAGCCCGCACUCUUCUUGAGGAGCUUUUCGACUAUUUCGUUGAGGUACCUAUGCGCAAUGGGGACAGGAGAGCCUCAGUGCUAUCUCUUGUGGACCUUAUACCCGAGGGGAUGGGUAACGCUGCCGUUGCUACCAGCCCGCAAGCGCCUGAUUGCUUUGAUCUCACUGGCCAGCAAUGUCUGCUGCCAGGUGACCCUCUUUGUAUCCGUCGGUUGUUUGAGAAGGUCCCUUUUGGAGACAUCUUGCCCGCUCCUGGCGGUCUCUGCAACCCAUCGCGAUUCUCUGAGUGGAUCCUUGAUGGAUGUGUCGGUCGUUGCCCUGGGCCUAAAGAGGCACUAGUUCUCACUUCCGACGGCUCUUUUCUGCCCGCCGACUCCUCUGCUGGAUGGGGUAUCUCCUUGAGUUUCAUUGAACGUGGUGCUUCCCCUGACUCGGGACAGUUUGGGGGAUGUCUUUACGGUUCGUUGGCCCGCUUUCGCAGCUUUCUUGGCUCCUCAUUGCCAGAUCCGUAUGAUGCCGAGGUCGCAGGCCUGCUAUGGUGUGCAGCCUUGGCUCUCAAGCUACCCCUAGCCUGCCCCGUCGUUUUUCGUGCUGAUAACAUCUCUGCGUUACAGGGUGUUGCAGGAGCCUCCCAGAUGAGGCAGUCCCCGCUUUGUGUCGCGGCGCGAAGCCUGCAUGCUGCAGUGAGCAUCCUUUAUGCUGGCUCUGUCUCCUAUGCACACGUUGCUGGUCACGCUGGUGAUCCUGCGAAUGAGCUUUCGGAUGCAUUGGCCUUUGCGGGUGCUUCCAGAACCGAUCUGCCGUGUGCCUAUGACUGGCCUGUCGAGCACUUUCUUUCGGAUCAGGCUAUUGCUGCACAGUGGGUGCCUCAUACCUGUCUGUCUCUUUUACGUCCUGAUGAAGUUCCGUGUCUCAAAGAGCAGGUUAUGACAUGGCCUAGGGAACCUGGUGCAUGCGACUUUGGGCCCGAAUUUGCGUUGCGCCCCUUCUUGCGAGCGUUCCCUCAGGCGCCGGCGCCUGGGCCGAGCGAGGGUGUUGGAUCCUCUUCCCUGGUUUUUCGGGCUGCCACCUACAAUGCCCUGUCGUUGCUGGAUGGUGCUCGUGCGGGCCAAAUGGGCCUUCACGGUGCUGUGGGUCGGCCGACCCUUUUGCAGCGCUCCCUUGCUGAAGCUGGCGUCCAUAUGGCUGGCCUCCAAGAAUGCCGUACUCCGGCCGGGCGUUCUAAGUGUGGAGAUUUCACCCGUUUCUCCUCUGGAUGUGAUGAUGCCUCCUGCUUUGGCGUUGAGCUUUGGAUAAGUGACCAGGGGCCCUGCCCGGCCUCUUCCUGUGUCGUUUUGCAUGCUGACCCCACCCGCUUGAUUGCUGGAUUGUCCCUCAGUGACACGACUAUUCGGGUCUUGGUUGGGCAUGCGCCACAUCGCAGUCACACUGCGGCUUUUCGCUCCGACUGGUGGAGCGCUACCACUCGGCUAUGUCAGUCCUUUUCGAGUGGGCUACAAUGGCUCCUCAUGCUUGAUGCCAACGCUCGCCUUGGCAGCCGGGUCACCUCGUCAGUCGGCAGCCAUCAGGCCGACGAGGAGGAUAUGUCUGGCGAUCUAUUCCAGACCCUACUGUCCAACCUUAAUGUCUGGCUUCCCUCUACUUUCUUCGACAGCAUGUGGGGCGAGGGAGGUACCCUGCUCCAGAAGCGGAGCGGUGCCUUUGACCGCUCGGACUAUGUUGGCGUGCCCGCGGAUUGGAGGGAUUGUGAUUGCCGUGCCUGGACUGAGCCCCGGGUCACGUCAGGCCAUGCCUGCGUUGACCAUAUUGCGGCUAUUGUGCAGACUGUGCUUUGCUUUCCUCGUCGCCAUGUGCGGCCGCGUGCUAAGCGUAUUGAUGCCGCAGCGCUUUCCAAACCAGAAAAUUCGGCACGGAUCGCCGGCAUCAUUCAAACUGCCCCACGCCCGGGCUGGCGAGUAGACUCUAGCGAGCAUGCUGCUAUUGUUGUUGAGCAUCUCUACCAAGGGCUUCUUGAGUGUUUUCCCUUGGAGAAGCGACGGCUGCAUGCUAGGUUCCUUUCUGAAUCUACGUCCACUUUGCAUCAAACGGUCUCUUCCCUCCGUCAUGCUAUCCGCACUCAAAAGAGUGCUCUGCGGUAUGCAUAUCUUAGAUGUGCCCUUGCGGCUUGGCGUGGUCUUGCUGUUGACUUCACUGACGCCUUCUCUGGCCGAUGGCUAUGGAUGAUGUUUGUUCGGUUUGGCCGAAACUGUCUCCUUUUGCGCCGGUUAGGUCGGAAGCUCAGGCAGGCGUGUCGCGAUGACAAGGCGGACUAUCUUUCCCGCUUGUCUUCCGAAAUCGCUGAUGCCCCGUGUCGAGAGUUGCAUACUGCUGUCCAGCGUGUACUCCGUCCUCGAAAGUACCGCAAGGCUUCAAAUGAUCCUCUCCCGACUCUCAGGCGUGCCAAUGGUACCACAUGUGUGUCAGAGGCCGAGAUUACCGAUGCCUGGCGGGAUCAUUUCAGUACCCUGGAGGGAGGCAGCCAGAUUGCUGCCCGCGACCUUGUUGAGAAAUGUCGGGAUGCUGUCGUUACAUCCGGCGACUUUGACCCGCUCAACGCUGCGAGUGUGCCGUCCUGGACUUCCCUUGAGGCGGCCUUCCGGCAUUCAGCCCCUCGCAAAGCGGCCGGUCCUGACCUCCUCCCCCCGGGCAUCUGUAGGCAUUUCAGUGCUUCUAUGACUGAGUUGUUUUGGCCCCUUCUUCUCAAGACCGUUUGUCGUGUCAGUGAACCGAUCGGCUUUAAAGGGGGGAUCUUAUACCACAUCGAUAAAGGUAAGGCCGGAUGUCGUGGGACUUGUGACGCCCAUCGGGGUAUCUUGGCCCAAUCCUGCCUGGCCAAGACCUUCCAUCGAUCCUUACGUGGCUUGGUCGUCAAGCACUGGAACAUGCAUUCGCUACCGAUGCAGCUUGGUGGCAAGUCCGGCUGUAGCUCUGUGUUCGGACACUUGUGCUCCCGGUCUAUCCUCAGUUUCGCGCGUUCGCAAACUUUGUCCGCUGGCCUCCUUUUUGUUGACCUUGCUUCGGCGUACUACGCCGUCAUCAGGGAGACGAUCCUUGGAGGUGGCCUCGCUGACAAGCCUCUUGCUGAAAUCGCGGGUGCCCUUGGGCUCACUGAUGAGGACCUGCAGGUCUUACACCACUAUGUUGCUAGGGAGCCUAUUCUCCAGCAGCAGUCAGCGGACCCUCUGCUGACAGACCUUGCCCGGCAGUUGCAUCAGCAAACCUGGUUUGUGUUAGCGGAGGAUUCUCACAUUGUUGAGACUAUGCGGGGUACCCGCCCUGGCGGUACCCUCGCCGACGCCCUUUUCAACGUUCUCUUUGAGCGCGUGUUGGCUCGUAGGGCUUCUCCUGCUCUUUCUGAGUCCUUUCCGCUCGUCCCGUGGGACGGUGUGCGGACCCCCUUUCCGGUUGAUCUGGCUGAUGCGCCGCGAAUGCGCAUUACUGAUAUCGUGUAUGCGGAUGACUUAUGCACCCCAGUUGUAUGUGCCCAUCCGGCGCAGCUACGCCAAACCAUUUCCGCUGUCACGGCGGACACUAUGGAUGUUCUUGCUCCACAUGCUCUGCGUGCGAACCUCGGUCCUGCCAAGACUGCGGCUGUUGUUGCGCCUGUGGGUGCCGGAUCCCGCCAGGCGAGGCACGAAAUGUUUGUUACUCUGCGUGGGCGGGCCCCAGUUUGGCCUGAGAGCAAGGGGGUCCUGUGGUUGGACCUAGUUCCCCGAUAUCGGCAUCUGGGUUCUUUGGUGUCGUAUGACGGACGGAUGGGUCCCGAGGUGCGUCACCGGCUUGCUCUGGCGGCCUCUUCCUUCCGGGAGGGUCGCCGAAAGCUAUUUGCCUGCCAGCAGAUCCCUAUUGCCCGGCGUGCCGCCUUGCUGCGCAGUCAUGUUCUUUCAGUCCUGCUAGCUGGUGCGGGCAGUUGGCCUAUACUGCAGAAGCAGGACUGGUCGGCUUUUUCCGGUGGGGUUCUUGGUAUGUAUAGGCAAUUGCUUGGGCUCAGGGCAACCGGCGCUUGGAAUCUGACCACUCACCAGCUCCUUGCGCGUGUGGGACUGCCUUCUCCUGCAGCACUCCUUAAUGCUGAGCGACUCAGGUUUCUUGGUCAAUUGAUCCGGAGUGCUCCCGAUCAGGUAUGGGCCCUUCUGGCGUGGAAUGUUCCCUAUCGGGACGGGCUCCGUUGCGCUGGUGCUUGGUUUCAUUCUCUUAUGUAUAACACCUGUUGUUUGGGGCCCAUUGAGCAGGAUUGGCCUUCCUGGUCGCGACUUCUCGGUGACCAGCCCGGGAAGUGGAAAGGCCUCCUCAAGCGAGCCGAGGCAUGUGAUGUUGAGAUUGCCCGUCUCCGGGCAUCUUUCGACUCGGCAGUAAGGGCUUUAUGGGUACCUGAACAGCCGACUCUCACCUCGCCUCUUGCUGGCAUGGAGCAUGGAUGUCUUAUCUGUGGCCUCGCUUUCGCUAGCCGCCAGCAAUGGGGAGCUCAUGCCCAAAAGGUUCACGGGUACCGUAACUUGGCCGCCAAGCUCGCUAUUGGCCGUACGUGUCGUGCUUGUCACAGCGUCUAUGCUACGGCAUCCCGCUUGAAGACGCACUUGCUCUACUCUGCUAGAUGUCGUAAGUUCCUCGAGACGCAUGCGUCUGAUCUCCCCGAUCCCGACCUCUCUAAGGCCGGCCAUGAGCAAAUGCCAGCUUUCCGAUGCCGCACCAGUGAGAGCUUACCGCCGGCGGGACAGGAGCUUUCCUCGGAACUCCUUACGGCCCUGCAGGCGGCAUCGCUUGCAACGGACCAGGAUAUCUACGAUGUGGUUGCGUCCGUGAUUUCCCCGCUUCCGGUGCUUCGCCGCACCCUCCUAUUUUGGCAAAGCACUUUGCCCCCGGGUGGAGUGGCCGACGCUGCGGCCGAUGUUGCUCUUGUGCUAUUCCCUGAGCAUGUCUGCUCUCGAGUGUGCGGGAAGCUGCCUGAUGCUGCCCCAGGCCCUGCAUUUGCUCCCCUUCUUGUGGUGCCUGUUUUGGCUGCCCCUGACGCCUCUUUGCCCGUCCUUUGGGUUGGUGCUUUGGAUCACGAUUGGAUUACUGCAUGGGGGUUGGACGGACAUCUGUGCCAACGGGUUGAGCCCUGCGAGCUCCCUGUUUGCUACUGUGUAUGUGCCGGCCUAUGUGUGCGUCUUUCGCCUCCCCCUUUCGGUGACCCGUGCUUUCUUGAUCCGGUGUCCAAGUCCCUCCGCCUCUUACGGCGACAUUCUGACUGGAUCCAGCACUUUCUUUCGGUUCUGAGGUGUUGCUUGGGUACCGCCUAUGUUGGGACGCCGGUCUCCCUGCGCGUCCCUUUCUGCUUUGGGCAGUUUGAGCCCCUGUCGACAUGGCUACAACAGGUAGCGUGUGUCGCAGGUGAGGCUUCUCCCUCCUGUUUCACUGUUGAAUUCAAUGCUAUGGACACGUCGUUCUGA